AUGGCGCGCGUCUACGCAGAUGUCAACUCCAACAUGCCCCGCAGCUACUGGGACUACGACAGCGUCAACAUCAGUUGGGGCGUCUUGGAGAACUACGAAGUUGUUCGCAAGAUUGGUCGUGGAAAGUACUCGGAAGUUUUUGAGGGUAUCAACAUCGUCAACUACCAGAAAUGCGUCAUCAAGGUCUUGAAGCCUGUUAAGAAGAAGAAGAUUAAGCGAGAGAUCAAGAUUCUCCAGAACCUUGCCGGCGGACCCAAUGUCGUUGCACUCCUCGAUGUUGUCCGCGACUCGCAGAGCAAAACGCCGUCGCUCAUCUUCGAAUAUGUCAACAACACCGACUUCCGCAACUUGUACCCUAAGUUCAACGAUUUAGAUGUCCGCUACUACAUUUUCGAGCUCCUCAAAGCCCUGGAUUUCUGCCACAGCAAGGGUAUCAUGCACCGCGAUGUCAAGCCACACAAUGUCAUGAUUGAUCACGAGAAGCGCACGCUUCGUCUCAUCGACUGGGGUCUAGCCGAGUUCUACCACCCCACUACCGAGUACAACGUCCGAGUCGCCUCUCGCUAUUUUAAGGGUCCUGAACUACUCGUUGACUUCCAGGAAUACGACUACAGUCUUGACAUGUGGAGCCUUGGAGCCAUGUUUGCGUCCAUGAUCUUCCGAAAAGAGCCCUUUUUCCAUGGCCAGAGCAAUACCGAUCAACUUGUCAAGAUUACCAAAGUUCUUGGCACUGACGAGCUCUUCGAGUACCUCGAUAAGUACGAGAUUGAGCUCGACCCUCAAUACGACGACAUCCUUGGCCGCUUCCAGAAGAAGCCCUGGCACAGCUUUGUCACGUCGGAGAACCAGCGCUUUGUCUCUAAUGAGGCCAUCAACUUCCUCGACAAGUUGCUCCGCUACGAUCACCAAGAACGCCUCACUGCCAAGGAGGCGCAGGGCCACGCCUACUUUGACCCCGUUCGCGAUCCUGAGGUCUUCAAGCAGAAUCUCGCUAACUCAAGCGUUGACGGAUCCUAUAAGACCUCUUGA